AUGACGAUGAAAGUUGUGUUGUUGUUAUUGUUAGCACUGCAUUCAGCCACUGCGAAUCUGUUAGACACUUCUAUUGUUUUUCCACUCACCAGAAAUGUUUGCCCUACAGGGGCGUUCUUCACGACGACCAUCGAGAUAGGAAAACCAAGCAAGCCUUUUGAACUUCUCAUUGAUACUGGUAGUAUCCUCACUUGGGUUCAAUGUUACGAGCCUAGCGAGCAUGAUGAUAUGGAUCUAAUACAACAAGUGACUGGCCAUUGUUUAAGUGAUGGAGAAAGAGGUGGUUUUUUAUUUUUAGGAGAUGAUCUUGUACCUGCUUCAGGGGUCUCUUGGAUGCCAAUCACAAAAAAUCCUAAAAAGGAAUACUUAUUGGGACCAGCAGACCUCUUGUUUGAUGAACUCCCGACGCAAGUAAAUCGACUCCAAUUCAUUUUUGAUAGUGGAGCCUCCUACUCCUACUUAGGCCAGCCAUCCUAUGAUUACACACUUGAUCAGAUUAACAAAAAUCUAGAAGGAACACCAUUGAAAGAAUCAGAACCAGAGGUUGGCCUUCCAGUAUGUUGGGGAUUCGAGAAGACACACAUUAGUUCCUUUAAUGAAAUUAAGAAUUAUUUCAAGAAGUUGACUUUAAGCUUUAUAACCAUACCACAUGUUAAGCUGGAUUUACCACUCCCCGCUUAUCUUACACUUGUCAAUGGAAAAGUGUGUUUAGGGAUUCAAGAUGGUGAUAGUGCAGAACUGGAGAAUCCAAACAUCAUUGGAGCCAUUUCGAUGCAGAAUAAGCUGAUGAUAUAUGAUAAUGUCAAUCAUCGCAUUGGAUGGAUUUCUAGAAAUUGUAAUAUACCUCUUAUGGCUUAA